UGCCAUCUAAUUGACAUACUCUAUCCCCUACAAAUACAAGAGCUUGGAUGGUAGCACACAUAAUCACUAACAACAAUCCUUCCAAGUAGCAAAAAAAAAAAAAAAAAAACACAGAAGAAAUUGUUCAUGGGCAGCAUAGCCACAAGAUGGAGGCAACUGAGCGGCGAGAAGGAUUGGGAGGGUCUAUUGUACCCUCUGGACAUUGAUCUCCGCCGCUACAUAAUCCACUAUGGUGAAAGGGCCGGAGCUAGUAGAGACGCUGUCAUUGCUGAGCCAAAAUCAAAGAACUUUGGACAACCCAGAUAUGCAAAGCGACAUUUAUUCUCUAAGGUGGGUUUGGAGAUCGGGAAUCCAUACAAAUAUGUGGUGAGAAAGUAUUUAUAUGCAGCCCCAAAACUACCGUCGUCCCCGGGAAUGUCUUGUUUGUUGGGUUACGUUGCGGUGACAACAGAUGAAGGAAGCAAAGUGUUGGGGAGGAGGGACGUUCUCAUUUCGUUUAGAGGAGCAGUGCUGGGACAUGAGAAGCUUGGUCAUCCUACAGUGCACCUUCCUUGGCAUACUUAUUACACUAAUGUUGACCUUCAAUCCCCACACAACAAAACUAGCUGCAGAGAUCAGGCUCAAGCUGCAGUAAGAGAACUAUUGGGUCAAUACAAGGACGAGGAAAUCAGCGUUACUGCCACUGGCCAUAGCAUGGGUGCUGCAUUCGCAGCUCAAACUGCAAUAGACCUCGUUCACAAUGGAUUCAAUAUCAUAAAACCUACAGGAAUACCAGUGAAAGCGUGUCUUGUCACAGCCAUCCUGUUUGCCUGCCCCCCUCGCCGCAUUUUGGGAUCCCAAAAUGUAAUUUCAGGAGGUCUAGAAGAUCUUCACAUCUUGCGUGUCCAAAACAAAUAUGAUAACCAUAAUGAGCACCAUGAUGUUGGUAUAGAGUUCAAAAUCGACACUUUGAAAUCACCCUACUUGAAGAAUGCACUACAAAACGUGCACGACUUGCAGAAUUACUUGCAUGGAGUUGCAGGAAAUCAAGGGGAAAGUGGUUUUAAGCUCGAUGUUAAUCGUGAUCUCGCGCUAGUAAACAAAUAUGUGGAUGGUCUCAAGGAUGAAUAUAAUGUAGUUGCGAAGUGGUGGACAGAGAAGAACAAGUCUAUGGUCCAAAUGGAUGAUGGCUCUUGGGUGUUGAUAGAUCAUGAGAAUGAUGGUGAUGAAGGAAACAAAUUAAGCUUACAAAGCCGAAUUUAAGAAGCCAAAAACAUAUAUCUUCUUCUUUGGUAAUUAGCGAAAAAUUCUCUUUAUAUCCAUGCAGUCUAAUGACCGACCUAAAUAGCAUUACUACAUUUGAACUAGCUAGUUAUUAAGAAGCUUAUUGCAUGCUUCGAAUAAGGUUGUGUUUUGAUUGAUUCGCUCUUGGUUCCUAAUAGUAUGAUCACAGUUCUAUUA